AUGGCCUACAUCAGAAAGUCAAGAGCUAUAUUGCUCAUAAUCCUGGUGAUUCUCCUUCAUAUCAUCGUCAUAUCACUUUUCAAAUAUAACGAUCAUCCAUACGUUACGCAGACCAAGCUCAAUAUUUUAGAGUUAAGAAAAGCUCUACUAAGUUAUAAUCAAUCAAGAGAUACAUCUGAUACCACAACUUUUAAUGAAAAUGUUGAGAAAAUAAUCAGUCUGGCUGGUAUUCAAGCUGUUCUGAGGUUUCCUAAAGAAUAUUAUGAUAUUGAGAUACCUAAUUCUCAAUCUUUUGAUGCUGAACUAGCUGAAAGAACUCCGGAUAUAAAUGAAAAUCUGGAUAAUUCCGACGAACAAGUAGUCAUGAUUGAAGAAAAUGAACCAAAUUAUUUCAAUCUUUAUGAUCCAAGAUUUACAUUUGCUAUCACAUUCAAUUAUUUAUCACAUCAAAUAGCCGAAGGUAAAUCUAUCAAUAACCUUCCAUUCUUUCAUUGGGGUGACUAUGUGGAUUUAUCUCAACUUAAUCAAUUCAUAUAUAAUCCUAAGAAAUUCCCCUGUAAAAAGUUCGAUACGUCAACGAAAUCAAAAAUUCAAAAUAAAAAGAAUUUAUUAAAAAAGCCAGAAGAAUACUGCUUUGAUGAUGAUGAUAUACUGGCGACUUUAGAACAGGCUGCGGCUGAUAAUGAUUUAAAUAUCAUUAAUAAUUUGAAGUUAAUUCAAUCUUCAAGAUAUUCAACUGGAUUUCAUGUAUUAAGAUCUCCUGGACGUCAAAAAUUAGUUAGUCGUUCGAUACUUUCUAAAUCAUAUUUAAAUGAUUUCAUGACUUUACCAUUUUCUUUAACAUUCUUAUUACCUAAUGAGAAACUCUUUCAAGUUAGUAUUGAUCAAAAUAUUCUUUCAACAAAACAAAGAAUAUUGAAUACUGAUUAUGUUAAAAAUAAUCUUAUUAAUCGAAAUUUGAAUCUUGUUGAUGAAUUAAAUCAUUUCUUAUUAGUGGCUGAUUCAUUAGUAAAAGAUACUGCUAAAGUAACUCCAUUCAAGAAUUUAACUCAUGAUUUAUUUGUUGAUAAUUCUCAAGAAAUCUUUAAUUCUUUAAAGGAAUCUUCAUCUUCAUUAAAUGCAUCAGAAAAACUUUAUUUUACAUCCUUAGAAAGAUCUCUUGAUCAACUGAGAGAUGCUGUUAAAUAUUUUGAAGAAGCUAAUCUUGUUAGAAAUGAACGUAAUUAUGGAAUUGGUGGACAUUAUGAUUGGAGAUUCUUCUCUGAGAUUAUUAAUUAUACUGAUUUACAAAGUCCUGUACUUCAUGGAUUAGUUAAAGCUUGGUUAAGAUUUACCAAUAGAGUUGGAAUUAAUACAUGGAUUGCUCAUGGUUCAUUAUUAAGUUGGUAUUGGGAUGCAUUGAAUUUCCCAUGGGAUAAUGAUAUUGAUGUUCAAAUGUCAAUUCAAGAUUUACAUCAUUUAUCUCGUCAUUAUAAUCAAACUAUUGUUGUUGAUUUUGGUGAUAAUCCUGAACAACCUAGAUUUGGACGUUAUUUCCUUGAUUGUGGAACUUAUAUAUCAAGAAGAGUUAGAGGUAAUGGAGCUAAUAAUAUUGAUGCAAGAUUUAUAGAUAUGGAUACUGGUGCAUAUAUUGAUAUUACUGCUUUAGCAUUGAGUGAUACUGAACCUCCGGAAAGAUAUAAUGAUUAUUUACCAAAGGAUCAAUUCCAACAUCGUAGAACAAGAAAACAGGUUAUAAUAGAUUCACUCGAAAGAAAUAAACAUUUACAAGCAUAUAAUUGUCGAAAUAAUCAUUUUUCAAGAUUAGUUGAAUUAAGUCCAUUAAGACUUACUGUGUUUGAAGGUGAACGUGCAUAUAUUGCACAUUCAUAUGAACAAUCACUCCUUAAUGAAUAUGGUGAGAAAUCCCUCUUUCUUCAAACUUUUAGAGGUUAUACUUUCUUACCAAAAUUAAGAAAUUGGGUUAAAGUUGAAGCUAUCAAAGUUCAAGAACAAUCUCGACAACUGAAGAAUAAUCUGAAAAGAAUUGCUGUUAUAAAGGAUUUCCUUGAUCAAGAUUAUGAGAAGUUAUUAGGAUAUAAUCAUGAUGUUCUUCGAGAAUAUUAUGUUACUCAACAAGUAACUGAUUAUCAUGAUGUAGAAAUGGUGGCAUUA